CUUCUUUCCCUAGUUCUAUGAACAUCAAGGAUCCCCCACCCACCACACCCUAUCAGGGCACGCGCAGCCACAGGAAGCAUCAACUGAUCAUUACCUUGCAUGAUCAUCAUCCGGACCUACCUUGUCUCGUCUCUUCUACCUUCACUUGAUCUAUCCACUCCUUACUUCCCUGUCCCUAGUCACACCACUCUCCCCUUGUGACAACCAUGCCUGCUAUUUCAGUAUCAUCUAUUAUCUCGGGCCUUAGCCCCUUCCCUAGAAUGACUUCCAGAAACCGAGCGAGAUGGAAAUCCCCCUCGGAUUGAAGCCCUGGUGGAUCUUGCUGGCAGUGUCCAGUCUGCAGUGGGGGACUUACUUUGUUUACGAUCUCCCCGCGACACUGUCCGUUCCGUUACAGCUCCACCUGGGACUGUCCGCCUCGCAAUUUGCCUACCUUGUCUCCGCUCUCUACACGGCUUACUGUAUCCCCAACACGAUCCUGCCCUUUUUCUCGGGCUUUGCGGUCCAUCGAUAUGGCGAGCGGUGUAUCCUGCUGGCCACCGCAGCCAGCAUCAUCAGCGGACAACUCAUCUUCUGUCUGGCCGUACAAACCGGAGUCUGGUCCGUGAUGAUCCUCGGACGAACUUUGGUCGGGUUGGGGGGCGAGGUGUCCACCGUGUUGGCAACGAACAUCGCCACGCGCUGGUUCAGGUCGUCUAUCUCCCCCUCUCUAGGCAUUCCGUUUUUUUAUAGCUAACAGCAAAUCCGGCUAUUCCAGGGACGGACAAAUUUCUCUGGCCCUGGCCCUCAUGA